AUUUUCCAAAACUUUUUAAUGUUGUAUAAAACUGAAAGGAUGUAUAGUCCCUAGAGAUGCAGAUCAAGCUCAUGAGAAAGGAGAAAAAAAACGAAGAUCUCUUUAUAAAAUAGUCAAUAAAUAAGCCGAUCGAUCUCUAGAAAGAUCGAUCGUCCAUCGUAUGGCGACUGGACCGGCGCAUCUGGCUUGACGGUCUGAGCCUCUAAGCCAUGGUAGCUAAACCAUACGAAGAAGGGAAGAUCACGAGAUCUCUAGACAUGGGUGGGACUUUCGAAUAUCCUACAUCGAUCUAUGUUUCGUUCAUUCCACAUGACAUCUCUUCUAAAGGUGUCGCAAAAGGCAAAAAAUGUCUCAAGAAAGCUUUUGGAUUAACAUCGGAAAAAAGAAAAGCCAGUACUGAAUUGCAAAACAACAACAUAGAGCAAUCAGCCAAUCAAUACGAUCAA